CUUGUCUUCCUCUGCUCUUUCGACACAUGAUUUCCUGGAAAGGGGAGGGAACUGGGGCAGCGCGGGAACUGGACUGGAUGCUCACGGGAGCACAGAUCGCAGAGGGCAAAGGAGCGGGCACCUUCCCCUUGCAGCAAAAGGCUGCUGGUCCCCCAGGUUUUCAGUUCUGGGCGGCGGGCGGUUGGAGCACCUGGCCCCCGCGGUGCGGAGCAGGGACACAUGGACAAGCGGCAGAAGAUCUGUUAUUGGGGCAGCCUCUGCGCCAGCGUGGUGCUGCUUGUGGCAUUCAUCACCUGCUUGGUAGUCCAUAUCCACUCAGACCCUGUCCAGGAGCGGGACCAGUGCCGGAAGCAGCUGAAGAACGAGACCUCGGCCCUGGAGGGGCAAGUAGCCCGCGCGUGGGCGGAGGGCACGGUGCUGCAGGCUGCACUGGCCAAGGCCAACCAGACCCUCCGGGAGACACGUAGGGGCUGGGAGUCCUGCCAGGCCCUGAUGGACAGGCUGCAGAACAACCUCACGGCCCUGCAGGCUGAAUUCACCCAGCUGGAAGCCAGGGGCUCAAAUCAGAUGCAGGCACAGCAGGACCUGCGAGACCACAUCAGCAAGCUCCAAGGGCAGCUUUCCAGCAAGGACCAGCAGCUCCAGGACACCCAGUCCCAGCUCCAGGACACCCAGUCCCAGCUCCAGGACACCCAGUCCCAGCUCCAGGACACCCAGUCCCAGCUCCAGAACACCCAGUCCCAGCUCCAGGACACCCAGUCCCAGCUCCAGGACACCCAGCAGCAAAGGGACCGGCUCCAAGCACAGCUGAAGGAGCAGCUCCAAAACCAGUCGACUGGCUCCGGUGGGGUCCUCCCCGAGCUCUGCAGGUUCAUCAGCCUGUUGGCUCUGCUCCUCAUCACACUCCUCCUCUGAGAGCAGCAGCAGCAGUGCCAGGGCUGGACCGGUAACCGGAGCAUGGAGCAUCCCUAGGAGCCCUGCCAGUGCCCACCCCAGCUCCACCCAGGGGCACUGCUCCCUGCUGCUAGCUUGCUGCAAGCUUGGCCAUCCCUGGGGGUCCCAUGUGCAUCCCAGCCCAGCCCAGGGGAAGGGCUUUGCUCUCUGCUGCUCAGCGCUUCAAUUAGGAGGGGUCUUGGCUAUAAGGGACCAGCGGCAGAAAGGUGCAAGAGGUUGGAGCUGCCGCAAAGAGCCGCCCCCUCCCCCCGUGAGGAGAGCAUGGACUCCUGGCUGGGGGGCUCACAGCUGUUGACGGGGACUGGGGGUGUAGGACAGAGCAGGCAGGGAAACCAAUGCGCUGCAGAAGCACCUUUGCCCAGAGGUCCCUUUCCAUCCUGCCCUCUGGGAGCCAAGGAGACUGGAUGGGCCCCUGCUUUGGGCCUGGGGCUGGAGCUUCACACUCACAGCUUCACACUUGCUCUAAGCAAGGCAGAGCUUGAGCAGGGGGCUACCGAGAGCCUGAGCCCCCAGAACGGCCCCACCUCAUCUGCCUGAGACCUGCUGCCAGGCACAGAGGGGCUGUGCCCUGCAAAGAGGGGAGGGGGAGGGCAUGGGGGCUGGGCAAAUAGAGGAGGGGGGGCGUGAUGGGUUAAUUGCUGCAGUUUGGCCCUGCUUGGUGAUAAGGGGGUCAUGAAGGCUUGGAAGAGCCCCAGGGAGGUUGGGUGGCAGCAGCUGUGGGGAGCAUCCAAAGGGGGAACAGUGCCCCCAGGAACAGCCAGCCUGGGGGGCUCGGGGGCAGCCAGCUCCCAUGCCCAGGGCUCACUGGGGCAUGCGCUUUGCACCAGCGUGGUGCCUCUGCUUGAUGCAAUAAAUGCUACUGAACACCAAA